AUGGCCGCAACCACCGAACCGACUACGAAGACACCAGGGGAGGUCCUGCGAGCCACGCCUGGGCGCGGCUCGCUAGCGCGUGAGCCUACCGCACCCGCAGUCGUCAACGAUGGACCCGCUCGCGAGAGCGGGAAGCGAGACGAUAAGAUCCUCGCCGCGCUCGCCGCACUCACCGAUCGACUGGCGAGCCUCGAGUCGUCGCAGAGAGUGAGACACGAGGAGGAGCGCAUUCUCGGGGCCGUGGAGAGCGGACUGCUCGCCUCGAAACUCGGCGCCAACAUUCGCGGCUGA